AUGUGCUGUAGUCUUUUUCGGUGUGGAGAACCGACCGCGCAUCACGCUUGCCGCAGGGCGUGUGGCAGCCUGCCGAAAGGCGACUAUAGCCUCGCAGACGGCUUUCCAGAUCCGGAGCAGGCAGCACUCGGGUUUGCGCUGUCGGCCUACCUUUACGAACAGUAUGUUACUCCUUCCCGGAAGAUCCGCAGGCUCGGCGUUGGCAAGGACGUCGACCUCGACAGGAUCGGCAUUGUCCUAGAUGGCGUGAAACUGGCACGGGAUCUCAUCAACACCCCGGCAAACGAUCUGGGUCCUGAGGACCUGGCUGCUGCUGUCGCGGCGCUUUUCGACAAGCAUGGCGGAGCCGGGCGUGUGGUUGUUGGUGAAGACCUUCUCGACGAGAAUUUCCCGAUGGUGCACGCGGUUGGGCGCGCAAGUUCCAGAGCACCCCGCAUCGCUGAUUUUACCUGGGGAGAGGCGUCAAAUCCCAAAGUUACCCUGGUCGGCAAGGGUGUCAUCUUUGAUACAGGCGGUCUGAACCUGAAGCCGGGGUCUUCCAUGUCGUUGAUGAAAAAGGACAGGGGCGGCUCAGCCAAUGUUCUUGGCCUGGCCUCGAUGAUUAUGGCGGCAAAACUGCCCGUUCGACUUCGGGUCAUCGUUCCGUGUGGUGAAAAUGCGGUCUCCGGGAAUGCCUUCCGGCCGGGCGAUAUUCUCUCAAGCCGCAAGGGUUUGAGCGUGGAAAUCGGCAAUACAGAUGCCGAAGGCCGUCUGAUUCUGGGAGAUGCGCUUGCAUUGGCGGACGAGGAAAGUCCGGAUCUGCUGAUCGAUAUGGCAACCCUGACCGGAGCAGCGCGCGUCGCGCUUGGUCCGGAUCUGCCGCCGUAUUACACACAUGACGAAGGUCUUGCCGAAGACAUUGCCGUCAUGGCGGAAGCCGCGGCCGAUCCCUUGUGGCGUUUGCCGCUCUGGCAGCCAUACAUGAAGUAUCUCGACAGCAAGGUCGCCGAUAUCAAUCACAUCAACACCUCAGGCGCGGGAUUUGCCGGCUCGAUCACGGCAGCCCUGUUCCUGUCCCGGUUUGUUGAAAACACGGAGAGCUGGAUCCAUUUCGAUAUAUUCGGCUGGACACCGGCUGAUAAACCGGGGAAACCCGCCGGUGGCGAAGCACAAGGUAUCCGCUGCCUGUUUGACCUGAUAUCCGAACGCUAUUCGUCAGCACAAUAA